UCCCCCCAAAACCCUAACCCCUCUCCUCUCCUCUCCCUUCGUUUCGUCGGCGCCGGCACGAUGACCCUCCUUGCCGCCAUCACCAACCCCGCCGCCACCCCCGCCGCUGCGGGCGCCCACCCCAUCGUUCUCACUCCUGGUGCCGCGCCACCACCGCCGACCUCCUCCGCGCACCCCACCCCGAUCCCGCCCUCCGCCUGGUCGCUCUCCCCCGCCGACCCCACCCUCGGCACCGCCGCUUCCUUCCUCGUCGCAUCCCUCUCCUCCUGCUCUUCCCUCCCGCGCCUCCGCACUCUCCUCGGCUCCUUCCUCACCACGCUCUCCCAGUCCCUCUCCCUCCCGCCCCCGCCCCCGAGCCUCCCCGAGGCCAUCCAGGCUCUCGCCCCCUACUUCCCCGCCGCCAUCGCCUCCCUCGUCGCCUCCAGGGCGGCUCGUCUCGCCGAGCACGACGUCCUCCUUGCCCUCGCGGAGUCUCGCCUCCUCCCGCACCCGCCGCCCGACCUCAUCUCCUCGCUCUCCGAGCAGGACCGCGCCGACCUCGUCUGCGCCAUCCUCCGCCAGGCCGCCGAUCUCCGAUCCUCCGAGCUCCUCGCUGCGCUCCGCUGCUUCCUCUCGCCGGCCUCCGUGAAGGCCUACGAUUCCAUGGUGGACGUCAAGAACCGUUGGAAUGACGCCGCGGUGCUUGCUGUCAACAGGUGCCGGGAGAAGGGCGCGGGGAAGAAGGUCAAUGCCGCGGCGAGGCGGGCCGCGCUGCUGCUCAUGAUGGGCCACGACGGUUUCACCUCACCUGAAGUGUGCCUGCAUUACCUGUUUGCGUCGGGGAAUGUGGACUCUAUCGUGCUUGGUGCUGCCGUGGCCGAGCUCGAUGGCGGGGAGGUGGUCAGGCUGAUGAGGUACCUCAACAAGUGGAUUGAGAAGUACAGGAGGUUCCCAGAGGCGCAGGCGUCUCCCGAGGCUGCGGGGAUGCUCGGAUUGGAGCAGUGUGACAGUGUGCCAUCGUUUGGAGCGUUGGCCAGGGUGCUGGGAGUGGUGCUGGACAAUCAUUUCUCCCAUCUUGUUUUGAAUGCGGAUAUGCGGGAGGACUUGAGGGCUGCGGAUGUGAUGGUGAGGGAGCUGGCUGCGGAGGCCGAGUCUUCUGGGCCUAUCUUGGACUUGCUUCGCAGACUUCGACAAGAUAAGUGAGAUUAAAAUGUGCUCAAAUCUAUUUACGUUUAGUAGUUCUGAUGCUGGUGUGCGAAAGUUUUGAUUGUUUUGCUGCUUCGCAGUGAUGAGUUAUGUGUUCUGAUAUCGAUUAUUAAAGUAUAACAAUACAUCUUUUGUUCGAAAACUGAUGUAUUCAGGUUGGUGAUCCUAUGAUUCCCAACUUUGUUUGUAUGAUGUGCUACGUUAGUUAAGCGGAUGUGUAAUACUAACAUUUGCAAUCCUAUCCGAUAGAUCCAAACAUGUUCUGUAGCAGUUAGCCUCCUGGAAUUUCGUAGGAAAUAAUGAGAGGUCUCAAUUAUGAACCAA